AUGUUUCCAACACCAAAUCUUGAUCAUUUAUCUUCAAAAGAUUAUGAACAAAUUUAUGAACCAUCAGAAGAUACCUUUUUGCUUCUUGAUGCGCUUGAAAGUGAAAUUACGUUUAUUAAAAAUGAAAUUAAUCCUUGUAUAUGUUUAGAAAUUGGAUCAGGUAGUGGCUGUGUAUCUACAUUCUUAGGACAAUUAUUGGGCAACAAUUCUGCGAAUAUUUAUUCAGAAAAUAUUAUUGAGAAAGCAUGGGCAGGUGGUAUUAAUGGAAGAGAGGUGAUAGAUAUGAUUUUACCAUUGGCUAAUAAGAAUUUGCUAUCAGAUAAUGGAACUUUCUAUCUCUUAGUCAUCAGUGAUAAUAAGCCAGAUGAAAUACGUGAAAGAAUGUGGGAACAAUAUCAAUUUCAUUCAGAGCGGGCAGAGAAAAAUUAA